GCUUCCGUUUCCGGUGGGUUUGACACUGCUCAUGAGAGCGCUCGGGAUGUCCUUGUUAGAAAAGCAGGUGGUCUGAUGAAGGAGGGGAAAAUAAAUAUGGAGUAAAACACAGAUAUUAUAAUAAUAUACUCCUUGUAGACCUGCAUGUAUGAAUAAAAAGCUGUAGUUUGCUGGUUUUAGGAGAUGUUACGGACCGGAACUGCCGUUACCGGCAUGGAGUGCAGGAAUCUUCUCCGCUCCAGACUGGGUGGAAUUAGGCUGGGCAUCCCGCUGCAGAAGCUCCACCCCUUGUCCCGUGCCAUCCACCAUCACUACUCUGCCAACCCGGCCCCUCAGCGCCCCCCUCACCGGCUUUACACCUCCCUCUCCAGGCUCCCUGUGCGGCCACCGAGGUCUCGCUCGGGACACGGCUACCAGCAGCAGCGCUCCUUCUGGGUGGCUCGUCUGGCGGCUCGGCUGCUGAAACUGCGCUACAUCCUGCUGGGGUCUGCGGUCGGAGGAGGCUACACCGCUAAAAAGACGUAUGACGAGUGGAAGGACAUGCUUCCUGAUCUGAGCGAGUACACGUGGAUCAUCCCGGGCUUUGUUUGGGAGCUCGGCGACAACAUCGACUUCGAGAAGCUAGCGAGGGCUUUGCCUGAAAUGGAGGAGAUCGCCAAGCUGCUGCCGGACUUCGAGAAGAUCGGAGAGAACUUCACUUUUCUCAAGGGCCUGCUGUCGAGCGGUGUGAAUAGUGCAGUCAUUGGAGCUUCUGGUCUGCGUCUGUUGUUAGAAACCCCAGGCGAGCCGAACCUGAGCGCUUCCGAGAUCCAGGGCACAGGAGCUGGCUCUGAGGGCGGUGACAAAUUUAAGAAGCAGGGGCUGCUUCGAGAUCUCAUUCUCAUUCAACAGCAGAUCCAGCAGCAUGAAGAGGAAGUGCGGCGGGCGGCGGCCGCUAACGAGCCCCGCCCAGGCCGCGCUAAGACUCCGCCCCCAAGCCAGGCCCCGAAAUUCCCCCACAAGCCUUCAGAUAAAGAGAAAGUGGACCAGCUGCAAGAGGAGCUCAUGCGCACACAGCUGAAGUACCAGCGGAUGUUGGAGCGUCUGGAGAAGGAGAAUAAAGAGCUGAGGAAAGUGGUGCUGCAGAAAGAUGACAAAGGGAUUCAUCAGAGGAAAGUCAAGAAGUCUCUGAUUGACAUGUACUCUGAAGUCCUAGACAUCCUCUCCGAUUAUGAUUCCAACUACAACACUCAAGAUCACCUGCCCAGGGUGGUGGUUGUAGGUGACCAGAGUGCAGGAAAGACCAGCGUGUUGGAGAUGAUCGCUCAGGCUAGGAUCUUCCCUCGAGGCUCAGGAGAGAUGAUGACCAGGUCUCCUGUCAAGGUGACUCUGAGUGAAGGCCCUCAUCAUGUGGCCAUGUUUAAAGACAGUACCCGUGAAUUCGACCUGGGAAAGGAGGACGAUCUGGCAGCUUUGAGGCGUGAGAUUGAGUUGAGGAUGAGGAAGAGUGUGAAGGACGGACAGACAGUCAGUCCAGAGACGAUCUCAUUAAGUGUAAAAGGCCCGGGGAUCCAGAGGAUGGUUCUGGUGGACUUACCAGGAGUGAUCAGUACGGUGACCACUGGCAUGGCUGCAGACACCAAGGAGACCAUCUUCAGCAUUAGUAAAGCGUACAUGCAGAACCCGAACGCCAUCAUCUUGUGUAUUCAGGACGGAUCGGUAGAUGCCGAGCGUAGUAUUGUCACUGAUCUGGUCAGUCAGAUGGACCCUCAGGGCAAAAGGACCAUUUUUGUUCUGACCAAAGUGGACCUGUCAGAGAAGAACCUCGCGAGCCCGAGCAGAAUCCAUCAGAUCAUUGAAGGCAAACUGUUCCCUAUGAAAGCUCUGGGCUACUUCGCUGUAGUGACUGGAAAAGGCAGCAGCAGUGAAAGCAUCGACUCUAUUAAAGACUAUGAAGAGGACUUCUUUAGGAACUCCAGAUUGUUAAGAGGGGAUGCUGAAGCCCACCAGGUGACCACCAAGAACCUGAGCUUAGCCGUGUCCGACUGCUUCUGGAAAAUGGUGCGGGAGUCUGUGGAGCAGCAAGCCGACGCUUUUAAAGCUGCUCGCUUUAACCUGGAGACCGAGUGGAAGAAUAAUUACCCCCGUUUACGAGAGCUGGACAGGAAUGAGUUGUAUGAAAAAGCCAAGAACGAGAUCCUGGAUGAGGUGAUCAGCCUGAGCCAAGUGACUCCCAAACACUGGGAGUCCAUACUGCAGAAGAAGCUGUGGGAGAGGGUGUCCACUCACGUCAUCGAGAACAUCUACCUUCCUGCUGCUCAGACCAUGGACUCGGGCACCUUCAACACCACUGUAGAUAUUAAACUCAAGCAGUGGACGGACAAACAGCUGCCUCACAAAGCUCUCGAGGUAGCGUGGGAGACGCUGCAGGAGGAGUUUGCUCGCUUCAUGGCCGAGUAUAAAGGGAAGGAUCAGGACGACAUCUUCGACAAGCUGAAGGAAGCUGUGAAGGACGAGAGCAUUAAGAGGCACAAGUGGAAUGAGCGAGCCAUGGACAGUCUGAGAGUGAUCCAGCACAACGCUCUGGAGGAUCGCUCCAUCACAGAUAAACCUCAGUGGGACGCCGCCAUCCAGUUCAUGGAGGAGACGCUGCAGUCUCGCCUUAAAGACACUGAGUCAGUGAUCGCUGACAUGGUGGGGCCUGACUGGAAGCAGAGAUGGCUGAACUGGACGAAUCGCACACCUGAACAGCACGUGCGUAACGAAACCAAGAACGAGCUGGAGCGUGUGCUGAAGCUACGCGACGAGCACACGGCGUACCUGGCCAACGAUGAAGUCACCACUGUGCGCAAGAACCUGGAGGCUCGCGGUGUAGAGGUCGACCCCGUGCUGAUCAAAGACACGUGGCACCAGCUGUACCGACGUCACUUCCUUCAGAAGUCCUUGUCCCACUGUAACCUCUGCAGACGAGGGUUUUACUACUACCAGAGACACUUUGUAGACUCUGAGCUCGAAUGUAAUGACGUGGUUUUGUUCUGGAGAAUUCAGCGGAUGCUGGGCAUCACAGCCAACACGCUCCGACAGCAGCUCACCAACAAUGAAGUGCGGCGCUUGGAGAAGAACGUGAAGGAGGUGCUGGAGGAUUUUGGGGAGGACAGUGAGAAGAAACUGCAGCUGAUCACGGGAAGGAGAGUUCAGCUGGCCGAAGACCUCAAAAAAGUGCGUGAAAUCCAGGAGAAACUUGAAGCCUUCAUAGAAGCUCUUCACAAGGAGAAGUAGCGCAGCAGAACCUGCAUCACAGCCUUCACAGAGACAAACACCAAUCCCAGAAGACGCACUGAUCCUGCUGCUAUCCUAAUGCUUUUACACACACACACACACACACACACACACACACACACGUGCGCAUGUGUGUGAGAGCUGGCCGAAUUUUCCUUUCUUUCGUCCUUAGUCCCCUCCAUCAGCAUCUGAUCUGAGCAUGUAUUAUACACACACACACACACACACACACACACACGAUCGUGAGAGAGAAGCAGGAAAUGUACAAAUAGACAGACGCACAAAUGUACACAGUUGUGUAAAAAAAUAAUUACACACGCACACACAUACAGUUGUACAUACAGAUAACUGGGCAAACACACACACACUUGUCAGACAAUUGUACACACAGGUAGCUAAGCAAAUGUACACGCACACACACACACACACACACACACACACACACACACACAUGAUGGCAGAUGUUGAAAAUACACAUCUUGAUGCACUCACACCCUGGUAUAAAAUUACAUGUACAUAGACAGAAGUGCAGUUUUACACACACACACACACACAGAGACGUUGGCUCACAUACAGUUGUACACACAGCUAAGCAAAUGUACACGCACACACACCAACAUACAUACGUUCAGACGUUCAAGAACACACACACUGACACAAAAUUACAUAAGUAGACAUACAGUUGUACACACACACACACACACACACAUAUAUAUAUAUAUAUAUAAUAUGAAUAUAAACAUACAUAAAGAAAUAUUUGCAGUCAGCCAUAUGUCACACACACACACACACACACAUAUAUAUAUAUAUAUAUAUAUAUAUAUAUAAUAUGAAUAUAAACAUACAUAAAGAAAUAUUUGCAGUCAGUCAUAUGUCACACACACACACACACACACACACACAGCUUGCUAUUCUGUUGUCUGGUCCCUCAUCUCCAAAACCUCUCACACUCUUCAUCUCCUUGUCUCCUCAUUGUCUUUAUUUGCAGUGUUGAUUCUUUUUCUCGUCCUCACGCUUCUCGUCUCCCCGCUGCAGUGAGCAGCACCGAGUCCCAGCUGUGGUCAGUGGUCAAUGUACGGAACGUCCCUAAAGGCAUUUAAACACAAGAACACGACGUUGUGUUCCGAUUGUGUUCAGGAUCCUCUUCAAGUUCUUAUUUUCUACCCCGAACUCUCGAUGCACUUAAAUCUGCAGCUUCAUUCGUCCGGUUUUAUUCCUGUCAUUGCACUUUUUUAUUUCACUCAUCCCCAGUGUUCAUGCUCUCCGGCUAACAUGCAGGACUGUUCUUUAUUUCUCAGAUGUAUCAACAGGUAAAUAUACACUUUGUAUAUGUAGAAGUUUGGAAACACACACAGAGAGAGGGACUCGCAUCGGGAACGUUCUGCCACGCUGACUCUGUUUCUCUCCUCUGUUGUAGAUUGUAAUGUUUGCAUGUCAUAUGCCAUCGGUUUAUUUAUUAAAUUGGUGUCGAAGGUGAAAUUAAAAUGGGUGUUAAUUCAAUGCUUUUGGAAUUGACUAAUGGAAAUAAAAAAAAAUGUAAAGAAAAAAACUAAAAUCCUUUUUUUUCUUUUUUUUUUUUUCCUGAGGUAAAAUGUGUUUAGAAAUAAUAAUUAUAUAUAUAAUGUG